CGGACUUUCGACACUUUUGUGACUGCGGGGUGCUACGAGGUGCUGCGUUCGCGGGUGGGUUCGGGUUCCCUCCUGUUACGGUCCUCCCGCGGGGGCCGGCUGCUUGCGGGUGGUGGGGAUGGGACAAAACCUCUUCCUCCGCGGCCUAAUGGCUCCGGGAAAAUAAAAUCGGUGGCUACUUGGGCCGAGCGCCGGACAGGGCCUCGGGCGCCUCGCCUCAGGCCGGUUCCGGGUGUCUGGUCAGUCUCAGGGCGUUUGGCGAUGGGAUUCUCGGGUCUUGUACUUAAGCUUUGAAAAUGGGAGACGUCACAGUUUUGCUUUUCCUGGAGACAAGUGGGAGGAAGAGCUUGAGAAACAGGAGGAGCAUCUAACAGUGAAGAAGGAUAAGGACCCUGGUGUAAGCAGACAUUGCUGUUUUGCUCGGUGCUGCGAACCUGCCAGCUUUCUGACCCUCAGCAAGAAUCCUCACCAGCUUGAGAAUCACAUGGAUGGUUGAUAGAUAUGACUGAUGAUAGGUAGAUCAGUGGUAGAUUAGAGAUCAAUAGAUCUGAAACCGAGUUCACACUAACAUCCUUUGUUCUUUUUACAGGUGUUUAAAGCUAAUAUUGACCAUAUACAGUUGACCAUUGUCAUUGAGUUGAUGCCCUUGGGAUCUUUGAAAAUCCUUUCAUCUUCCUUCUUUUUCUUAAGAAAUUUGGGUCUUUAACCUCCUCAGGGUGUACAGGGAUCCCUGGAGCAUUCUUUUGUCUAUUUGUAACUUAACAAAAAACAAAAACAAAAACAAAAACCUUGUCUUUGGUUUACUUAUUUGGCAAAUGCUUGUGUUGGUAAACAAUCUUCUGAUCCUGUACCUUUGUACUCUGCCCAGUUAGUGAGACUCCAGAUGGGAGGGCUGAUGAAACGUGAGUGCAUGAAAUGAUUGUUAAAAAUGUAUCAGUGUUCAUUUUUCUCCCUACAGCUUCUCCCAACAGCACCACUCCCUUUCAGCCUCAGAUCUACUCUUACCUCCCUUGGCCCCAACAAAAUGCUUUGGACUGUACUCAGGAAAGAAAGAAGAUAGGAUUUUGUCUACUAUUUAAAAUUACAUUAGUAAAGGUUUAAAUGUAAGUCAGAGAGAAACUUCAUUUCACCUGUAAUAGUAGGCCCACCAUUCAGCCAUAAACUUUUAAUCGUCUUCAGUCAUGACUUACCUGCCUUUCCCCUUUUCUUCCCUUUCCUCCAUCUGUCCCCAUCUACCUCCCUUUUCCUUUCUUUUCCUGCUUUUCUUCCCCUUUCUUCCUUUCAUUCUUUUUACAGAAAACUAGAGGCCAAGACAUCAAAUCCUUUCAUCUGUAGGCACAGCAGUGUUAUAAAGUAGGAACUUUAAUUUAGACAUACUAUCGUGAGCCAAAUUGACAGUAAUUCCUUAAUAUUGCAUUCAUACUUUCCUGAUUGACCCACAGGUAUCUUUUUAUAGUUAAAACAUACUAUAUUUAAACUACGUAGUAUGUAUAGAGUCGCUGUCCCUUGAUAGUCCACCUUCCCUUUGCUUUCUCUUUAAAAGUAACAUUUAUUUGUGGGAGAACUUGGUUUUCAUUAUUCUCACAUCAGUUGCUUUAUUCUACUGAUACUUUGAAAGGAAAAUCUUAUCUUUAGCUUCUUAGUUCUCAAAUUUGGUUGCACUUUGGAUCACACAGUAAGUUCUCAGAUACAGAAGCCUGUGACCCACUGGUUCAGUUCACCUUGGCUACUCAACUAUUAGGAGGCUUUAAAAGUUUCCCAGUGGUUCUGUUGCAUAGUAUAACUUUAAUACUUUUAAUUUGUUUUUGUGUUUUUACCUGUACAUGAGUUCAUGAAUCUAGAGGCUUGAUUAAAUUUAGGUUUACUUUUUGAAUAAAAUAUUAUUUCAAAUCUCUUAUGACAGCUAAUUAGGAAGUAUUUUCUGAUUCUUUGUAACACUUGAUAAAAUAUUUACUCAGGUGUGAUGGUUCACAAUAGUACUAUCAGCUCUUGGGAGGUGAGGCAGGAUUGCCAAAAGGAAAAAGAAAAAACAAAAUUAAUGAGUCAAGGUUACUGAACUUCCAUCACCUGUGUUAUCCCAUAAAUCAUAGAAAAUUGGACUGAGAAAUAGAAAUUCAAGUGGGCAUGGACUUGGAACUGUCUUUCCCUUAAUAAUUCUAGCCUUUACCUGUUCUGAUGUUCACUGAGUAAAGACAGAUGAGCUGCUCUCUCAGUGUACCCAUAGAACUUUGCAGUCAGUCCUAAUUUGAAUCCUUCAGAUUCAAAGGAAUCAGAUCUUCUGUCCCUUUUAGUGAGCCCAGGUCUCACAGCUUCUAGGAAGCUGAAAACUGAGGCACUUACUUAAUAUGUGACAUUUCCAAGGCAUGCAUCUGAUAGUGAUAGGGAAAGAUUAUUUGUAAAUGUUGUCUUAUCACAGUGGCCAUGCUCUUACUCAGGUGGGAUUCUCAGCCAGCCUUCUCUGGCAUGGAUUAUGCCAACUUCAGCUCCCUGAAGAGGCACAUUGGGACAGCCACUGAUUGCCUAUUUAGCACUUACAGCUUUUGAGGUUCCACAGUGAAGGAAAAGGAAAGUGCUUCUUUUACUCAUUCUGUCUGGGUCAGAGGUCUCCAGUCUGUCUGCCCGUCCAUCUGCUGUCCAUUGUCCACCUGUGGAAGUAAGCCUGCCAUGCCUGCCUAUGCACUCUGGAGGCAGCCUUUGUCCUUUCCUCCUUACCAGUAUUUUGCAGAAAUACAACUCACAACUACAUUGAAACAGGAGAACUGCUUGGUUCGGGAUGGCUAGAGAAUCAAGGGAAAGCACAACCCUGGACUCACACUCUGCAGAGGACCAGAUGGAGCUACUGGUCAUAAAGGUGGAACAAGAAGAGGUCUCCCCAUUGGCAGAGGAGACCAGUUGGCUGGGCAGUCCUGGGCCUGACCGCUCCCGCCAGCGCUUCCGUGCUUUCCGCUACCCAGACGCAGCAGGGCCCCGGCAGGCGCUGAGCCGGCUCCGCGAGCUAUGCAGACAGUGGCUGCGGCCAGACAUGCACAGCAAGGAGCAGAUCCUGGAGCUGCUGGUGCUGGAGCAGUUCCUGACCAUCCUGCCAGGGGAGCUGCAGGCCUGGGUGCGCGAGCAGCACCCCGACAGCGGAGAGGAGGUGGUGGCACUGCUGGAGUACUUGGACAGGCAGCUGGAUGAGACCCCUCCACAGGUUCCAGAUGAUGACGAUGGGCAGGAACUCCUUUGUUCCAAGGCAGUACUGUUGACAUCAGCUCAAGGCUCAGAAAGUAGCCAGAUGGAGUCCAUGGAGCCUUUGCUUAAACAGGAAUCUUUGGGAUCCCUGCCCUCAGAAGUUAGAGUCACCCAGGCAGGGCAUUGUGGAGAAGAUGGAGUGACAGCUACCAGGCUCACAUCAGAGCUGCAGGGGCUGCUGAAAAUGGAAGAUGUAGCCCCAGGCCUUUCCCCGAGAUGGACAGAGCAGGAUUCAUCUCAGAUGAACCUCUACAAAGAUGAAAUGCAGGAGAACUCUGGCAGCCUGGUUUCCCUGGAUGAGAACAUGCAAACUAAGGUUAGGGACUUGCCUCCAGCUGAAGAAAACACAGAACAAAAGCCUGAGCAGACAGUGUGCUUCCUGGGUGAAGACACUGUCCAGAUUCCUACAGGUACAGAAGCCAGUGAGCAGGAAGGCAAGUUACAGACAACACAGAAGAAUGCCACGGGAAACAGGCGGUUCUACUGCCGUGAAUGUGGGAAGAGCUUUGCUCAGAGUUCAGGCCUAAGUAAACACAAAAGAAUCCACACUGGAUUGAAACCCUAUGAAUGUGAGGAGUGUGGCAAAGCCUUCAUUGGGAGCUCAGCUCUCAUUAUUCAUCAGAGAGUUCACACUGGUGAGAAGCCAUAUGAGUGUGAAGAAUGUGGUAAGGCCUUCAGUCACAGCUCAGAUCUCAUCAAGCACCAGAGAACCCACACUGGAGAAAAGCCCUACGAGUGUGAUGACUGUGGGAAAACCUUCACUCAGAGCUGCAGCCUCCUUGAACAUCACAGAAUUCACACUGGGGAGAAGCCAUACCAGUGCAACAUGUGUCCCAAAGCCUUUAGGCGUAGCUCACAUCUCCUGAGACAUCAGAGGACCCACACUGGGGAUAAAGAUUUUUUUGUUCCAGAACCUUACUGGGAAAGUCAGAGUAGGGUGGAAAGCCAUUGGGAAAAUAUUGAGACUCCUGUGUCUUAUCAAUGCAAUGAUUGUGAGAGAAGUUUCAGUAGGAUUACAAGCCUUAUUGAACACCAAAAAGUACACACUGGUGAGAAGCCCUUUGAAUGCCAGACCUGUGGAAAAGGCUUCACCCGACCUUCAUACCUUAUUCAACAUCAGAGAAGACACACGGGGAAGAAAACUUCUGUCACAGUGACCCCUGCUGUACAUUCCGAAGUUGGUGUUCAACUGUCAUUGAACUGAAGCCGCUCUGGAGCUCUUAAUGACUGCAGAAGUCAUAGGCUAGGGCUCUAUUUAAUAAUGUACAUCCUCAGAUAUUAGGAAUCUGACUAAGACUUAUUAUCUUCUACAUUCUAGAAGGUGACUAUAAAAAAAAACUUAUUUCAUAGGAGAGUUGUCUGCAAGAGUUCUAACCUAUUGGAAUUAAAUGGGCUUCCUGACUGUCAAAUUGCCUUCCCUUGGCCUGCACUUCCUGUCUCUUGAGGGAAAGGUUAUGCUUUUUUUGGGAGGGGUGGGGGUGGGGGAAGUUACUCUGACCCUUCUUUAGGCUAAUGAGCCCUUCACGUGUGGUCAGACUUGGAACUCUUAUGUCCUGCUUUGUGCCUUGUAUACAGGUGCUAACAAACAUUUAUUAAAUAUACUGGUGAGAUUUCCUACAUAGCUCUGAAAACCCAUUAUCUGGAAAUUCUCACCAAGGCCAUUUGUAUAUCUUUGAAAAAAAAAGAUAAUGUUUUAGAUUGAAUCAAUGUAGUACUGCUUUGUUUUUGUUUUUUGCCAAGUACCCCAACUUGGCAGGGAAGAGGUGAAGGUGAGGUUAUUGUGCUAGAAUUCUUUAACUCUUUACCUAAUUUAGGAAUUCUGUGAGAGUGCCUUAAAUAGCUUUCUUAGCAUUAAGUCAUUGUGAAUGUGCCACCCAUGGAAUUCCACUAAUAUUUUUUUCCUGUUAAUUUUGUUACUCUUGAGAGAACAGAAAAGAAAAGAAAAAGUUAAAAAAAAAAAACUUUCCUACUCAUGUAGUGUGAAAAUCAGUUUCAGAAUAAAGUGAUCAAUGUCUAA